AUGGCGUUUAACGUAUAUGAAUAUUUUAGAAAAAAGAAACUCGACCCAAAUUCUGAUGAAUAUAAACAAGAUAUACCUUUAAAUAAAACUGUAGCAGAAGUUACUGGAUUAUCAGAAAAGACUGUAUCUAGAAUUGUACAACAAGGGAAAGCAUUAAAUGACAACGAGAGAUUUAAAUCACCAAGAAAACCAAAACAGCUCAUGCCUAAUAUACCGCAAAAUUCUGUCAUAGUAAUGGACAACGCAGCUUAUCAUUCGGUUCGAGAAGAGAAAAAGCCAACUAUGGCUUCUACCAAGCCAACUAUGCAAGAAUGGCUACGACGACAUAACGUGCCUUUUGAUGAAAAACUUAGAAAAGAUGACUUAUAUAAAUUAAUUAAAAGCCAUUUCACAGAAGAUAUUUACAAAAUUGACGAGGUAUUGAAAAGAAACGGACACGAAGUAUUGCGUUUGCCUCCAUAUCACCCAGACCUGAACCCCAUUGAGUUGGUCUGGGGUGAUAUCAAAGGACAAUUAGCACAAAAAAGUAUCGACUCUAAUUUGGACCAGAAAAAAGAAAUAUUAGAGAGAUUAUUUGCUGAAUAUCCCAAAGAGAAAUGGGAGAAUUGUGUUAAACACGUGAUUAAAAUCGAAGACGAAUAUUGCAAACAUGAUGGAGCACUAGAUGAAGUUGUUGAUUUUAUUAUUAAUGUGCAAGACGAUUCUGAUGAUUCUGAUGAUGGCUGUUUCGAAAGUGAAGAAUCAAGUUCCAGUGAUACUGAUAUUAUGGACAUAAGUGAUUGA